GAAGAAGGCGACGUUACUGUGGACAACAAUUGGACGUUUAAAGGUCAUUUUCGAGAAUAAAACGUCGAGAAUAAAAUUAAGGCGCCGCGGCCAAGGCAUGGCGUCCUGUUUGUCCUAACAAAAACGAAAUAACAAAACAAUGGUGUACAUCUUACAAGAUCCACGAUCCAUCGGCGUGUCAGUGUCUCCUCUAAACAACAGUGCGAGUACAGAAUUAGUCAUUCAACGGACAAAACAUUAGGUGCACCUCCAGUGUAAGACCUCAUACUGGAUCUGGAACUUGUUGGUCAUCCACUGGGAUCCCCGACAGCAGAAGCGAUGUUGGGGAGAAGCGUUCUGAGCAGAAGCUUCUCCUGCCACCACCUUAGUAAAAAUGUCACCUUCUACAUGAAUGAACAAGCCCCUGCCACCCUAGCAGGUCCCACUCAAGCCUGUGACAAACAUAAACCUCUAACACUCAUGCUGCCAUGGUUGGGAGCGCGUCCUCAAGCUGUGGCCAAGUACUGUGAGAUCUACCUCCGCACUGGUUUUGACGUGCUCGUAGUGGAGAGUGAGGUACAAGACUUCCUGUGGCCUCGCUGGUCUUUAGAACACGGAAAGAAGUUGCUGGAAUUGCUGCAUAGCGAUCGCUUUGUGUCGCGGCCACUGCUCGUACACGCAUUCUCCAUCGGCGGUUACACAUUUUCCCAGUUGCUGGUUCUCGUGUCUGAAGAUCCACAGAAAUAUCAGACUCUUACAGGGAGGAUCAAGGGUCAGGUCUACGACAGCCUGGUGGCUGGAUCUGUGGAGACGAUGGCUUCAGGUGUGGCCAAGAUGACCUUCCCUCGAUGGGAGACGCCAGUGAAACAAAUAAGCCUGGUUUACUUCAACAUAUUCAAGCGUCAGACAACCGACUACUACACCAGAAGCAUAGAUGUGUUUUGGAACUCUCCCGUAACUGCCCCUGCACUCUUUUUCUAUUGCGAGAACGACCCACUGAGCAACCCACGCGCGCUAGAGGAAGUGAUCGAUUUCUGGCGGAAGCGAAGCGUCGACUUAACUGUUAAGAAGUGGGAACAUUCCAAACAUGCUGGCCACCUAAAGACCCACCCGCAAGAGUACCUGUAUACGUUACACUCAUUCCUUCAGUCACUCCAUAUAGUUCCCCUGAAGGCCAAGAUGUAGCAAUACAACAUGACCUUGAAUUUUCUUUAUUUUCCCCCCUGAAUUGACCUGGAAAACAUGACUGUCCAUAUAACUGUUUGUGAUACUACUUACGAUUGAAGAUUUAUUUAUUUCUAAUGCAUAACCGCAUGAGAGAAAGUAAGCUCAUACCUUAUUUCCUGAAAUUGUGGCUGGAGACACUCACACUUUUAACAGAUUUAUUUCUAACAAUGCAAAUGAAUAAUUUUUUUUGGGGGGGGGGCAAUGCUCCGAUCACGGUUUUAUUUUUUCCCGAUUCCGAUACCAAUUAUUCAUGAGUGAGAUUGGCUGAUACCGAUCACAUGGAUUAACUGUAGAUUGUUCCAUUUAUUUAUGUGGUAUUGCUCAGGGGCGCCAUUAGACAAUUCCAAGAAAUAGAAUAAAAAUACAAAUAAUUUUUCAAUUUAUUUUUUUAGUUCAAGAUAACAAAAUUACAGAAUAAAAUAAUACAAAUAAAUAUCUUUUUUUUUUUUAAACAAAUCUGUUCUGCUUAACUUAAAAGAGAAUACAGUAAAUUCAGUGUCCAGGUUGCAGGGGUCUCCAGCUUUCAUCAGUAUUAGAGCUGUCAACUAUUUGUGUUUUAUUUAUGACUGGCAACAUUUAAAUUGUACACUACUUUAUUUACCAAGUAGAUCUCCGCUAUUUUGUGGUCAUUUGUCAUUAUAUAAAGGCAUAAAGUCUGAAUUGAACAGUUAUAAUUUAAAAAAAACUACUGAGAGAUAAAGCAAAUAUUCUUUGUUGAGCUACUCAAAAUCAGCUGAUAUAGUAUCACCAUCAUAAGGCUGCACAUACUAUGUACAUAUGUUCAUUAAACAGCACACAAAUAUUGUUUUGAGGACAAGACAUAAUUAGUAUAAUGACAACAAGAGAGCAAAAUUGUUCAGCAACACUUGAAAAAGUUAGUACGUACCCCAUGAACGUGAUAUCCACUUGGAGCUUUCCUGUGGGACAAAAACAAGCUCCGAACAAACCGCAUUGCUUGUUUGUUUUAAAAAGGGGAAAAAUAAUACUGGGGAAAUAAUACUCACCAAUAAUAAGGUCUGAGAGAGGACAAUGUAGCAGAGGUCAAAGGUCAAUUUGGCACUACCUGGUCAUUUUUCUACGGUGUACAUCUUUCGUUUUGAACCGAACGUGUAUGGGUUUGUUUGUCAUUGAUCAAGUGUGUAUGAUGACAUCAUCCAAGAAAGGUAUUUGGUCAAAAGCCAUUUUGGUAUGUUUUGCUUUUAGUGAUCCACACACUGUUUUUUGUCAAAUAUGUUGUGGGUUAAAUUAGGUCAAGUUGAAGAAUACCAAGCCGUGUUUUGGGAUAUCUCAGAGCAAUGGACAUGCACUUUCUCCUCAGUAAUCAAAAAGCGGAACCUAAUAUUGUAUUUUUUUUUUUUAAGAAGGAAUUGUACAUGCAUUUUGCUGUGAAACAUGUUUAUCACUUCACUGCCAUCUACAGUAUAUGUGCCCUAAAGAACUCCAGUGACCUCUAUUGAACGUUUACAAGUACACAGAAGAGUAUUUCAUCCACCAUAGCCAACUACUAAAGUGAAGUAUACUGUAGUACUUUUGUACUUGAAUGUUUUUUGUUGCUUUUCAGAUGAACAAUGUUUUUUGUUUCACUACCAAACUAAUACCUCCAAACAAUGACACAAUCCAUUCUGUGACACUGACUUCCAGGUUGUUGUCAUUUCGAAACAAUUUUUCCCAAAGGAAGUAUUUUGUUCCAGACUGAAACUGUCACCAACGUAAAACCUAUCUUAACUAAUCAGGCAGUGUUUCAAGUAACAAUUUAACAUUGUGAACUGUCACACAAGUGACAAAAUUAGCCUCAUGCUAUUUCCUGAUAUCAUCACACGUUUCCUUUUUGCAAUCAGUGGUACAGUAAAAAGAAGCAAAUACAAACACUGGCGGGGUUAACCCCUAGAUGCUCGCUGAGCUAGAGUCGCAAUACUUCACACACAAAUUGUACAAUUUUGAGGACAUUCAACAUUGCAUCUUCUUUUUCUUUGUUCUUUCCAUGUUUACAAAUGAAGGUUCUUUGAAAGAGCUAUUUCUUAACAUAAAGCAGUGCUUGUAUAACAUGUUUUGUCAUAACCCUUGCAUUGCACAUAUAAUGUAUUCACAUUUCUGUCUGUGACAUUUUUGUGCCUUAAGUAUUUCUUUAAAUAAAG